UUCGCGCAUGCGCAGCAGCGGAGCAGCCUCGGUUAGUGACUCCCAACAGGACUCCGGCUCGAGUUUUAUUCAGUCUGACUCAACAAAAUAACAGAAAUGGGAAACUGUCAGCCAACGAUUUUUCCAUACGAAGACUUCGAUGUUGUGGCUGAUAUCAAGGCUAUCCGCAAAGCCUGCAAAGGCUUAGGCACUGAUGAGCAAGCCAUCAUCGAUAUCCUGGCCAACCGCUCGGCUGCUCAAAGACUGGAGAUAAAGCAGGCAUACUUUGAAAAAUAUGAUGAUGAGCUGGUGGAGGUGCUGAAGAGCGAGCUCUCGGGGAGCUUUGAGAAGGCCAUCCUGGCCAUGCUGGAUCCGCCUCACGUGUUCACCGUCAAGGAGCUGCGCAAGGCCAUGAAGGGAGCCGGCACUGACGAGGAUGUGCUAGUGGAGAUCCUCUGUUCUGCCUCUAAUGCUGAGAUCGCCACUUACAAAGAAACCUACUUCCAGGUGCAUGAAAGGGAUCUGGAGGCGGACAUUGCCGGGGACACCAGUGGUCAUGUCCAGAGGCUGCUGACCAUGCUGCUUCAGGGCAAUCGAGAUGAGAGCUACGAGGUGGAUGAGGGUCUGGCUGAACAAGACGCCAUAUCACUGUUUGAGGCUGGAGAGGCCCGCUUUGGCACUGAUGAGUCUACCUUCAGCUACAUUCUGGCCUCCAGGAACUACCUGCAGCUGCAGGCCACCUUCAAAGCCUAUGAAGCCAUUUCUGGAACGGAUAUCUUGGAUGCCGUUGAGAAUGAAACUUCUGGAACCCUGAAAGACUGUUACAUCUCCCUGGUGAGAUGUGCUAAGAACCCCCAACUGUACUUAGCCCGGCGACUUAACGCUGCCAUGAAGGGCGCGGGCACAGAUGAGGACACUCUCAUCCGCAUCAUCGUGGGCCGUUCGGAGAUGGACCUGGAGACCAUUAAGGACUUGUACCUGGAGAAGUACGACGUGCCUCUGAAGGAUGCCAUCAGCUCUGAAUGCAGCGGCGACUUCAAGCGCCUGCUAGUGGCCAUCUGUCACUAAGACAGGCAGACGCAGAGGACCGAGGCCACUUGCACAGUCUAAUAAGCAGAAUAACUAACAUUACUUACUUACAGUGGGUUCUGUUGCACACAAAUACACUUGAAACUUCGUUAAAUGGGAGGAGCCGAGCAAACUUCAAAUUCAACACUAUCUGUAUUUCCCGUGAGGUAAUUAGAGAAAGAAUUCAGUAUGAUGUGCGCUUAUAUUAGCCUUUUAGCCUGACUGAGCUCUAUGCAUCCGUGUCUGUAAACAGUUCAGUGUCUUUCUCCUACAGUUCACUGUUUUAUGGCCAAACUGACCCAGCUGAGUCUUCCGUAAACGGUGUCUUGUGCUGGGCUGUGAACAAAAGGCUAUUUUGUGAGUGUCUUAAAGGUCUGUACGCUGUCUGUUAGCAAAUUUGGCACCGCAUAAAUGUGUCCUUUUCAGGAAAGAGUGAGAAAACGCAGCGUACGGUGGAACAUUAACCAGCAGAAUGCAAGAGUGAAACGGUAAACGUGAGAAGUUGAUAAAUAACCAAAGCAGCGCUCAUAACAUAAUAUUCUAAUGCCAGUGUUUCUGCUUCAGCACAUUCAACACAUAUGCUGUGUUCUAGCUAGAGUGUGUAGUGCUCCAAUUAGAAUGCUUAGUGUUCUAGCUAGAGUGUGUAGUGCUCCAAUUAGAAUGCUUAGUGUUCUAGCUAGAAUGCUGAGUAAUCCAAUUAGAAUGCUUAGUGUUCUAGCUAGAAUGCUGAGCACUCUAAUUAGAAUGCUUAGUGUUCUAGCUAGAAUGCUGAGUAAUCCAAUUAGAAUGCUUAGUGUUCUAGCUAGAAUGCUGAGCGCUCUAAUUAGAAUGCUUAGUGUUCUAGCUAGAAUGCUGAGUAAUCCAAUUAGAAUGCUUAGUGUUCUAGCUAGAAUGCUGAGCGCUCCAAUUAGAAUGCUUAGUGUUCUAGCUAGAAUGCUGAGUAAUCCAAUUAGAAUGCUUAGUGUUCUAGCUAGAAUGCUGCGCGCUCCAAUUAGAAUGCUUUGUGUUCUAGCUAGAAUGCUGAGUAAUCCAAUUAGAAUGCUUAGUGUUCUAGCUAGAAUGCUGACCGCUCCAAUUAGAAUGCUUUGUGUUCUAGCUACAGUUCUUCUCUAGCUGGAGUGUACAGUGCUCCAGUUAGAAUUCUUUGUGUUCUAGCUAGACUAUAUAGUGCUCCAAUUAGAGUGCUUAGUGUUCUGGCUUGAAUGCUUAGUGUUUUAGCUAGAAUGCUUAGUGAUCCAAUUAGAAUGCUUAGUGUUCUAGCUAGAAUACUUAAUGCUCCGGUUAGAAUGCUUGGUGUUCUAGCUAGAAUGCUUAGUGAUCCUAUUAGAAUGCUUAGUGUUCUAGCUAGAAUAUAUAGUGCUCCAAUUAGAGUGCUUUGUUCUAGCUUGAAUGCUUAGUGAUCCAAUUAGAUUCUUAGUGUUCUAGCUAGAAUACUUAAUGCUCCGGUUAGAGUUCUUAAUGUUCUAGCUAGAAUACUUAGUGAUCCAAUUAGAAUGCUUAGUGUUCUAGCUAGAAUAUAUAGUGUUCCAAUUAGAGUGCUUUGUUCUAGCUCGAAGGCUUAGUGAUCCAAUUAGCAUGCUUAGUGUUUUAGUUAGAAUGCUUAGUGUUCUAGCUAGAGGGUAUAGUGCUUUGAUUAGAAUGCUUAGUGUUCUAGCUAGAAUAUAUAGUGUUCCAAUUAGAGUGCUUUGUUCUAGCUCGAAGGCUUAGUGAUCCAAUUAGCAUGCUUAGUGUUUUAGUUAGAAUGCUUAGUGUUCUAGCUAGAGGGUAUAGUGCUUUGAUUAGAAUGCUUAGUGUUCUAGCUAGAAUGCUUAGUAAUCCAAUUAGUGCUUCAAUUCAAGUUCAACGCAUUCACUCUUUGUUGUGGAAAAGGUUGUGAGGCACCUUUUCCUUUGCCAGUACUUCCUCCCUGAAACCUGAUCACGACUGUUACAGAAACAUGCUAUGCACUUUUAUUUGCAUGACACUUGUGCGUUAUGAAUGACUCCAUGAAGCAUAUAAGACAUAUCGAUUAAGACCUUUCUUACUUUAUUUACAAUCAAUAAAACAAUCAGUCACUUUAUAACAUAAUCUGUGAAUGAAGGACGGUUCCACACGUCAUGUGACAGAGCUUCAGCCAUUCUUUCGUAUCAUGGUCAGUUACAUUCUUGUGUCCUUGUAAUACUAACACAAAUAAUAUAUUUUAAAUGCAUUAACAGUAUAUUAUAUUUUUUAUUAUAGACCAUAUUUAGAGAUUUGAUUUAGGCCUGUAGCUCUUAAUGGCAGUGAUGGAAGAAUUAAUUGAACGCAGAUGGGAGUCUGCUGUUGUCUUUUAAAACACCUGUCACAACGUUUAUCACAACGGCAGCUGGGUUUUUAACAAGUAGUCUAGAUUUUGAAGUGCAUUUUCAUUAUAUCUUGUCAGUGACAAAGCAUGGUGUCUACAUUUUAAGGUAUAGAAAUUAUUCCAGACAUCAGAUGGGACCAGACGUCAGACCUGUGGAAAGAAACUGAGACCAAUAACUGCCUGUAAAACCAAUUUGCUUGUUUGGAUAUCCCAAUAAAGUAUUAAUUGUAUGAUA